AGCACCUCCCCAUGGGAGCCAUUCCGCACAAGGCUUGAUUUCGAGGUCGCAGAGAUCACGCUUGCUGCAUCGAUGACGAAAGAUCAAACCAAUCGACUUUUUGAGCUCAUGCGCCGCGCUGUGAGCGCUCAAGAAGAUUUCACCUUGCAGAGUCACGAUGAAGUUCGUACUUUGUGGAAAA